AUGCCCUGCAUCGCGACAGGUUUCGCUGCCAUUUGCGCCGAGGACGAGGUGAUCAUCGCCAAGGCGUGGUUCGCCAAGGUCGUCACCGUGGACGGCCAGGAGUUCGUGGCCAUAGAUCGCCAGAGCAAGAUGUGCAGUCACGUGAUUGGGGACAACUUCGCCAUGCUCGACGAGCUUAUCAAGCUACGCAAUAUGCAGUGCGGCAAACUUAUGUCAGAGCUCGCAACGCAGAAUGACCCAUUGCUGGCUGACUCCGAUAGCCCUGGCUCGGGCCCCCUACCAAAGAGGGCUAAGAAAGAGAUGCUCGAUGAUAUCGAUCAAGUGAUGUCCGUUACUGCCGCGGUGCAAGGCGGCGCUCCUGUCACGGUGAAAGUCUUGGCGUCUGCGACCGAAAGGAGCAAGCUCGUCAUCGAGCUCACGGAUAAAGCCAUCGCACUACUCGCCUCUGAGCCUGAGCAACUUGAGGGUCAAUAUGGCGACGAUCCGACGCCUACCGUCCAGGAGGAACACGCUUUCUGGGUCAAGUCUCGCUCUAGUGUCAGAUCGUUCUAUUUCGACGGAGACAGCUGGAAAGUGAAAUCGAUGAAGGUCGCCAGGGGCACGUGCAGCUUCGCAGAGUUCCAGGAGAAGGUGAACAAGAUGGCAAAGGUCGUCGAGGAGUUCUACCUACAGCACCACGUCGAGGAGUGCGUAGAUGCAGACAGCCAGGAGCGAGAUGCCGAGUGA